GAGGCAUAGAACUCAGAACUGGGAACGGCGCUGAUAGGCUCCAAGGCUCCGUUCUAAAAGGCGGAGUCUGCAUAUUAAGCAACCGCCGCGGGCGCUGAUUGGCUAAGACGCGCUGCGGGCUAAGGAGCGCCUGGUGGUUCAUUCAAGCCGGAGCCGAGAAUGGUCGCGGGGGUCUCAGGAGUGUUUUUCCGGCGGCUGGGAGCCUUAAGCGGCGGGGCUGCGGUCGGAGCCGCCGCCUAUGGAGCGCACGGUUUGCGAAGGAGUGACCGAGAUGAUUACUUAAAAGAGCUCUAUGAAACCGCAAACAAGUAUCACUUCUUGCACAGCCUGGCGCUGUUGGCUGUCCCUCAUUGCCGGUAUCCCAUGAUGGCUGGGAGCAUCCUGUCCUUAGGGAUGGGGAUGUUUUGCGGGACCUUCUAUUACCACGCUUUAACCGGAGACCCGACCUUCACCAAAGCGGCUCCGUACGGAGGGGGCCUUCUCAUCCUUGGCUGGCUCGCCAUGGUUCCCUGACCUUCCCCACCUGAACUACAAAUCCCAAUCGAGCCCCUUUUCCCUUCUAGCACAGACCUGGGGACCUCCUUUGAGUUCCUCUAAGUCAGGCCUGGGCAAACUUGGGCCCUCCAGGUGUUUUGGACUUUAAAACUGGCUUCUCUGGCUUGAGCCGAGGCCAGGAAAUUCCCCCCUUCUCUGGUUUAAAACUGGCUUCUCUGGUUUUACAACUGGCUUCUCUGGCUUUACAACUGGCUUCUCUGGCUUGAGCCAAGGCUAGGAAAUUCCCUCCUUCUCUGGCUUGAGCUGAGACCAGGAAAUUCCCUCUUUUUCUGGAUUAAAACUGGCUUCUCUGGCUUGAGCUAAGGCCAGGAAAUUCCCUCCUUCUCUGGUUUAAAACUGGCUUCUCUGGCUUGAGCCGAGGCCAGGAAAUUCCCUCCUUCUCUGGUUUAAAACUGGCUUUAAGUGGCUGAGGACAAAAAGGAAAGGGCCUGAGUCUGUUAGGAAUGAUGGGAGUUGGAGUCCAAAACACCUGGAGGGCCCAAGUUUGCCCAGGCCUGCUGUAGAAAAAGCUUCCUUGCACUCCACACAGGCAACAGACCCUAACGUUGGUUAUGGGCCCAGCACUCAGCUUAAGCAGCUGAGGGGGAAAAGGAAGGGUCCUGAGGCUUUUAGGAAUGGUGGGAGUUGGAGUCCAAAACACCUGGAGGGCCAAAGUUUGCCCAUGCCUGCUCUAAGGCACUCUUUGUAAAAUUAUUGUGAUUUUACUUCAGUGGCUGGCUGCUGUUAAUUCCUGGGAUGUGUACUUUGCAAAAAAGCAAUCAGAACCACUCAUAAAACUACAAAUCCCAAGUUUAUUCGACUGUUUAAAGUGUUGUGAAAAUUGCCCAGUUCAUCGUGUCCUUCAACUGCCAAGGCAAGAUCCUAUGGCCUCCUGGGAUUUGUUGAUUGGAGAGAGUCAUUUAGGACUAUUGGCCACAAGAGGGAUACUCCAUCCCAAACUACAUAUCCCAGCGUUCCGCAGUCUGGAUCUGUCACUGUUCAAUGCAAGAUGAUUUUUGUUCCUGGGAUAUAAAUGUCAUUCCUUAUGGGUUCGAUCAUAAAAAAAAAACAUGGGAAAUCUUUAUUAAACUGCAAAAGCUUUGCUUUUUCCGGAGGGACAUCCUACUGCACAUUUUGCUACAAUUUUUCAGUGAGUAUCUCAUAGAGUUUCAACUAAUGCAACAUAGUUUGUGACAGCCACAAAAAUGAAGUUCCUGGAGUAGAACGACUCCUUUCAUAGUAAGGAGUGCACAACUAAACAGGAAAUAACACUUUCAAACCAGGAACAGAACAUUUUUCAAAUGUGGUUACAUGCUGUAAUUUUGCCAUUGUAGAGCAAGUCCACUUUAACUUGCCACAUCCUGGGAUUUGUAGUUCAGGGAAGGGUAUAUAGAACUCUGCCACAAAAUUUUGGUGAUUCAACCCAAACUACAUAUCCCACAAUUCCAUAGGAGGCAGUCACACAUGCACACCAUUUGGGUUGUGCAAGAUGCAUAUUUUUACACACAUUUUUAUAUAUAAAAGGCAUACAUUUGCACAAAAUCUAGUGUUUUUGUGAAAAUGUCUUUUAACUUAACACCACCAACACCACUGAUAUUUUCCUUGAGUUAAAUGUUUGGAGAGAAUGUGAGGGACUGCAAAAAUGUCUCAAUCUUUCUCCAAAAUCGAUGAGAAUUCAGAUUUGUGCUCCUUGUGUGCAGCCUAUUCGCCCUGAUCAGAGAUUGAUUUGGGGGUGUUUUUUCUCCUUGCCUCUCCUCCCCUGGCUCUCAUCUCUAAACAAUGAAAUUUACUUAUCUCUACUUUAUUUUUUAAAAAGAUUAAAAUAAAAUAUUUUAAAUACUUAAAGACGAAGGGUGUGAAAAAAAACACAUCAAACCAAAGCAAACUGAUUUUUGCAAAGUAUAACUUUACAAUCACUUUGGGGGGGGGGGGGGAAUCAAUGUCUUCAAUUGUCUGGUUGAUACUGACAUGAUAAAUAAAUAAAUUAGGAUUGAAAUUUAUUUAAUAAAUGAACCAGAUUUCUUCAA